CAAGGAGGAGACCCAGGUGUUACUGGAUCAGAGCCUCAACGACUUCAAGCACCUCAAUAUCUUCCACCGCAAGAUUCUCAACCUCGAGGCCUUCUUCAAGUUCCUCUUCAGUGACAAUAACCCCCUAUCAACAACAAUAAGGUGCACCAUGAUAUGAAUGCGCCUUUGUCGCAUUAUUACAUACACACCGGACAUAAUUCCUAUUUGACCGGAAAUCAGCUGAGCAGUGACUGCAGUGAUGUGCCGAUUAAAGAAGCUCUUCUCAGAGGCGUGAGAGUGAUUGAACUUGAUAUUUGGCCCAAUUCGAAGAAAGAUGAUGUGGAUGUACUUCAUGGAGGGACAUUGACUGCUCCGGUGCCACUUAUCAAAUGCUUCCAGUGUAUAAAGGAACAUGCUUUUGUAAAAUCCGAGUACCCUGUUGUAAUUACCUUAGAGGAUCAUCUAACCCCUGAUCUUCAGGCUAAAGUGGCUGGGAUGAUUACCCAAACAUUUGGAGAGGUGCUGUUUUAUCCUCCGGGAUCCGAGUGUCUUAAAGACUUUCCAUCCCCAGAAUCACUAAAGAGAAGGAUUAUUAUAUCAACCAAACCACCUUCAGAAUAUCUUGAGGCUAAAGCUGCCGCCGAAAAAGCUGCAGCAAAAGCUGCCGCAGCUGGAAAUGACUUAAAGAGGGGAGCGAGUUUAGCUCCUGAUGAGGAAGCUUGGGGUAGCGAAGUCCCGGACCAAAAGGGAGCAGUUGCAGAAGAUGACAAGCAGAAUGAAUUGGAUGAAAAUAAUAGCAAUGAGGAGGAAGAUGUUGAGGAGUCCAAGUGCCCACAAAAUGAGGCACCUGAAUAUAAGCGUUUGAUUGCCAUUCAUGCUGGGAAACCCAAAGGUGGAUUAGUGGAGUGUCUCAAAGUGGAUCCUAAUAAAGUGCGGCGUCUUAGCUUAAGUGAGCAACAGCUUGAAAAGGCAUCAGUAACUUAUGGAAAAGAGAUAGUCAGAUUUACCCAGAGGAAUAUUCUGAGGGUGUACCCAAAGGGUAUACGUGUGGACUCAUCAAAUUAUAACCCAAUGAUUGGGUGGUCGCAUGGUGCUCAAAUGGUUGCAUUUAAUAUGCAGGGAUAUGGAAGAUCACUUUGGGUGAUGCAAGGAAUGUUUAGAGCUAAUGGUGGAUGCGGCUAUGUGAAAAAACCAGAUUUUCUGUUAACGACUGGUCCAAAUAAUGAGGUCUUUGAUCCUCAACAUAAGUCAUCAGUUAAAAAAACUUUGAAGGUGAAAGUCUAUAUGGGAGAAGGGUGGUAUUAUGACUUCAAGCACACACACUUUGAUGCAUAUUCGCCGCCUGAUUUUUAUGCAAGGGUAGGUAUUGCUGGAGUUGCUGCAGAUACUCAAAUGAAGAAAACAAAGACGCUAGAGGAUGACUGGAUUCCUGCUUGGGACGAAUCAUUUGAGUUCCCAUUAACUUGUCCAGAACUGGCUGUGAUUCGCAUUGAAGUUCACGAGUACGACAUGUCAGAAAAGGAUGAUUUUGGAGGGCAAACAAGUCUACCACUAUCUGAGCUGAAAAAGGGCAUCCGAGCAGUUCCUUUACACGACCGUAAGGGAGAGAAGUACAAAUCCGUAAAGCUUCUUAUGCACUUCGAUUUAGUUUGAAACCAUAACAGACGGCAGAGAAGAACAACAAUAAGUAAAAAAAAGCCUUUUAUGGAGUUUCAUUUAGAUUGUAAAUUUUUGUGAGGAGUGCUGUAUGUAUUUUAUCGUAAAAAGAAUUGCUUUCCCAGUGUAUAAAUUUGUAAGAUUGAGAAAAUGGUUGAGAACACAGCUGUUGUUUCAUAAUAAACUUUUGAAGCUGAAUUCAGGACACGUUUGCUUGCUUUGAAUGAGAAUGGAAAUUAAGGGAAUGUUCGGGUA